AUGUCCUUCUUUUUAAAGCUGUUCGGAGGCUCAUCAAAUUCUGUUGAGAAGGAUUUGAAAAAGAAGAGAAGAAUGCUAGAAUUAACAGAAAAUCAAAUGCAAGUUCAAGAGGAAACAUAUGAAACACUAACGGAAACAAUUAAUACAAUGAAAAAACAUUUAGAAUCGAUAAAAUUGAGAGAACAGGAGAUGAUUCUUCUUCAUGUACAAACGGAACAAGAAUUAAAGGAAGAUUAUGAAUUAUAUUUAGCAAAACAAGUUAAGGAUGAAGAUUACGAAAGAAAGUAUGAAUAUUCUAGAAAGUUUCUCGAAGAAACAAUUAUUGAAAAGAAGAGGGUAAUUAAACUCAAAAUGGAUGAAUACAUUGAAAGGAUAGAAUCAUUGGAGAAGAAAGCAGAGGAUAUUUUGAAAACUAAAAAACUGACACAAGAGAGUAAUAUUAAACUUGCCGAAGAUAUUUCAAAUUUGGAGGAAGCUAGAAGAAAAGAAUUCCAUGCCUCCGAUGACUAUAACCAUCUACAUGAUGAUGAUUUGGAAGCAGGAUCCUCCUCUACUCACGUUCCUCUCACUACCAAUACCAGUGAGAUUCAACCACAUCAAGAACCAUUAGAUCACAAAGGAGAUUUGUGGACUAGACAGGAGGAAGAUCUCACCUAA